UAUAAACUAGAAACGAAAAACAGAAAAUGUAACCAAAAUUAAUGUAAAGUGCGAUUUUAAAUUGUUGUAAACAAUAAAUGACACCCUGCUGAUCUGUUGCAGUGACAUCAUCAGUCACAUGAUCACUGAGGGAUACGAUGUUUUACAUUGCCGUCAUUUACGUUGAAUAUUAGACUAAUAAGGGUAUUAAGCCUAGACUAAGCAAUGUCGUUUCCUAACAAAGAGCAACGUCAGCGAUGUUGGAAUUCCAGGGAUAGGUACUGGGAAUGUUUGGAUAAGAAUAACGAUGAUGCAAGUAAAUGUAAAGUUUACAGAAACAUGUAUGAAACAGAAUGCCCAAGCCAGUGGGUAAAGCAUUUUGACAGGAAAAGACAAUAUCUCCAGCUCAAGGACAGGAUCCAGAAUGAAGGAGCAGCCUUCGUCAAAAUCAGAACGGAAUUGUCUACUCAGUCAAGUAGUGCUUGAUGAAAAGAGAGCUCAGGAUAGCUGAGUGAGUAAAGAGAGAGAUUAAUUCUUCUAGAAAAUAACAUCUAACGUAAAGCUGUCAAGAACCGAGACCAGAGAUGGACCAAAUCAACACCGAAAAUCACUUUAGCACUGACUGUGCUACUUCUUUUGUCACAGUCGUCAAGAA